GCUACCGCAACCAAGAUCCACUACCAGGGCUCUGAGGACGACUUCAUCGUCUUCGUAGAUAGCGCCGAGGAUUACCAGAAGUGGUUGGACGACAAGAGCACGGCUCUUGCCAAUGUCGUUUCUUCCUUCCAGGUCUUUGUGACGCACAAGCACGGCGCACAAGGCCCGUUUGAUACCGCGUCAAAGGGCUCACUUGAGGCCGAGUUCGGUAGUGAGGACGAGGAGGUCGCAAUUAAGAAGAUUUUAGAAGAGGGCACUCUCCAGGAGUCUCAGAUGGGAGAGCGCAAUGGCUCAAGAAACGACGCAGAUGGUGCUAUGGUC